UCAACAGACGUGCGUGUUAUAUGAGCGCAGUCCGACUGUGGGUGAACUUACUCGGUGUUUGGCUUUCCUGCUGCUCACAACAGCUCCCCAAACUCUAUCUUUGAACACUUUAACCAGCACGUGACACCGCGGUCGGACUUCGCCUUGUCAAACUUUGUCUGCAGCUGCUGUUUGUGCAACAAGAGGUGAAGUGGUUUGUCAUACUUCUGACUCCACAUGCUACGAUUCAGUGAUGUGACUCAUGGCUGAACUGAGACUGAGCACCAAACAUCUUCCCCACUCCCCAUUAUCCCCUGGAUCAUCUAAUGUCAGGUUGAUCACGUGAUCUAUCCCAGCGCUUAAAUUUCACAGUGAGCACAGUUAGGAAUUUACAAUGUGAGCUCUUGAAGUAACAUUAAACAUCCCUGGCCUGUGUAGGAGAUCUGCUGGUCUUUGCUUUUAUUUUUUAGGGACAAUUCUUGUACAUAAUGACAUUACCACAGUGAACUUGACACCAGGGGACAACUCUAUCCUAGGCUCAUAUUCUUUGCCGAUGAUGUGGUAAUCUCAUCAUACUGAAACUGUAGUUGUGAUGGCCGCUGCCUCCUCUCCAGAGAGGGAUCAGUCCCUCCUCCAGCUCCAGGAGGUGGACUCCAGUCGAGCUGGCAGUCGCGUCCUCCCUCCAGUCCUGGGCUCAUCCUCUCCUGGCAUGUCUCUGGAAACCAGCAAGCCCAUCUGCAUCCCCUCUCCCUACACUGACAUUGGGCACGACUUCACCACCAUACCUUUCUACAAUCCAGCUAUCUUCAGUUAUGCCAGUCCGGGCAUUUCAGACUGCCCCUCUGUCCAUCAGUCACUAAGCUCCUCAUUAUUCUGGCCCAGCCAUGGCCACAUGGGGUCAUCGUUACCCCUGCACCACUCCCAGGCUCGGCCUCAGCACGGGCAGCCAAUCCAGAGUCCAUGGCUGUCGCCGCGGGACAGUGCCUUACCAGCCAGUCAGAGUGUGAGGAGGCAUUCUCAGGAGAGUGAGGAGGCCGUGGUGUCGUCCGGCGGGAAGGCUGACCUCCACUACUGUGCUGUGUGUCACGACUACGCCUCAGGCUACCACUACGGCGUCUGGUCGUGUGAGGGGUGUAAAGCCUUCUUCAAGAGGAGUAUCCAAGGGCACAAUGACUACAUCUGUCCAGCAACCAAUCAAUGCACCAUAGACAAGAACCGCCGUAAGAGCUGCCAGGCGUGUCGCCUCCGCAAAUGCUGUGAAGUUGGCAUGACUAAGUGUGGUAUGAGAAAGGAGCGUGGAAACUACAGGAACCAGACGAGGCGAGUUACCCGUCUGUCCUCACAGGGCCGAACCAACAGACCAAAGGCGUUAACAGGACCAGCGUUGGGUUCGUUGAAUGCACCCCAGCCUCCUGCGCUGACCCCAGAGCAGCUGAUAGAGCGAAUAAUGGAGGCGGAGCCGCCAGAGAUCUGCCUCAUGAAGGACAUGAGAAGGCCGCUGACGGAAGCGAACAUCAUGAUGUCGCUCACCAACCUGGCUGACAAGGAGCUGGUUCACAUGAUCACCUGGGCCAAGAAGAUUCCAGGAUUCAUAGAGCUGAGCCUCUUGGACCAGGUGCACCUGCUGGAGUGCUGCUGGCUGGAGGUGCUGAUGAUCGGACUGAUGUGGAGGUCAGUGGACCAUCCAGGGAAACUUAUCUUCUCCCCUGACCUCAGCCUGAGCAGAGAAGAGGGGAACUGUGUCCAGGGCUUCUCUGAGAUAUUUGAUAUGCUGAUAGCUGCCACGUCCAGGGUGAGAGAGCUCAAGCUCCAGAGGGAGGAGUACGUCUGCCUCAAGGCCAUGAUCCUCCUUAACUCCAACAUGUGCCUCAGCCCGACGGAGGGCAGCGAUGAGCUGCAGAGUCGCUCCAAGCUGCUGCGUCUUCUGGACGCUGUGACGGACGCUCUGGUGUGGGCCAUCGCCAAAACAGGCCUCACCUUCCGCCAGCAGUACACCCGCCUCGCCCACCUGCUCAUGCUGCUCUCACACAUCCGCCAUGCCAGUAACAAAGGCAUGGACCACCUCCACUGCAUGAAGAUGAAGAACAUGGUGCCUUUGUACGACCUGUUGCUGGAGAUGUUGGAUGCUCACAUCAUGCACAGCUCCCGCCUGCCUCACCGGCCUCCCCAGCAGGAGUCUGGGGACCAGAUGGAGGUUCCCGCUCGGCCAUUCAGCUCUGGUAGCGGCUAGGGAUGGGAAUGCUUAAGAUUUUAUUAAUACCAGUGCCAUUAUUGAUUCUGCUUAUCUGUCCCUUAUCGAUUCCCUUAUUGAUUCCUAAACAGUUUUCUAUCUUGGGCUAAAAAGUAGGCCUACAUGUUGAUAUCAUAGUUUGGCAACGUGCCAACAUCAGAAAAACAUGACCGUGAUGAUAAAAGUAAUUGAUAAGCUCAGAGGCGUACGAUUCCGAUGGAUCGGACAGUUUCUUCUUUUGAUUCCCAUCCCUAGUAGCACCCUUCGAAAACCUGGACUCCCAGCAUCACUGGAGGUAACCCGCAGCCGUCCAAUCAGAAUUAAGACGCAAAGAAUUUUCACCGCUUCGCACAAAACUACUCCACAAGAUGUUUUACUGGAACUUUCUGCUGAAUUCUGUGAACUCUCGUCGGUGAAGCUGAAGCUUUGAGACACUGUGCACUUAUUCUAGGGGAACUUUUAAAGACGUCACUCUGCAGACAGGCCGAACCUGCCUUAUCACCACAUAUUGAAAACAAGCUGUCGUCAUAAUUUGGCAGGUAGCAACAGUCCUUGCUUAAAUGUUCAUGUCCUGUUUUACUGCCUUGAUUCUCCUGUGCUGAGCAGCUAAUGUCCUGUCAGAUCAUAUUCAUAUCUGUCCAUCUCCUGUGUUUGGUUUUAUUCUGAAGGUCCAACAUCUCACAUCUGUGCGCUCCAUAUGUAUCUGGAGCCAGCAGCUGGUUAGCUUAGCAUAGAGGCUGGAAACAGCUAGCCUAACCCGGUUCACACUACACAAUAUCAGCCCGGUUCUAAUUAAUGACAACCAACGCCACAUCUAGGAUGCCUCAUGACGUUCCAACAGAAAGUCUAGCACGUUUGAUUUUCUUUUUGUCGUUCACGACUUCUCCGGUCACAGCCGUCACUUUGACCAACAGAAACACAGAGUUAGCUGCUGCCAUAACACACACACACACUUCUUAAAAACACACUACAAAUGACAAAGAAAUUAUUCAAAACAAGUUUUGCUUUUAUUUUGUUUUGAUUUUCCCUUCUGGGAUUUGAACAAAAUUUCCCAUUAGGGCUAAAGUGCAACAAGACACAAGUCUUGAAACAAGCUUGUAAACAAGAUGGCAGGCCCUGCCAUUGUAAACAACAGCGAAAAUGAAACUUUGCAGCAAGCUUUCUACUGGCUUCAAACAAUGUCCCAACUUCCAGGGACCUAAUCUCCCAGUUAUGAAAACAUAACUAAGAAAACGUUCACUUCUUUGACAGUGAUACAGCGCACCUUCAAACGUAAAAUAAACAAAUAAAAGUGCUUCCUCUUGAAAAAAAUGAGUCCCUUUCUGAUAAAACACUUUUUGAAAACAUUAACAUUUAACAUGUCGUUACAAAAAUAGAUAAUUUUCCUCAUUGGUGAACAAAACCUUCAUUAAAGUUCACAUGUGCAUAUAAAUAAAAGGUGCCUCUUGUAUACGAAGAUUAUUUUGUAUCCCUGAAUAUGUAAACAAAAUCAUCAGACAUCUGCAUGCAUCGCAUAGUCAACAUCAAAUUUUAGAAGAUAUACAGGACAUGAGGUGCUUGCCAUGCUGUGUUUAGUUUCUUUUUUCUUUUUACAAAUUUUUGGCAAGGAAAACAAGCCUGUCUACUACCUCAUGCCCUGUUGCAAGUAACAAUGCCACCCCCCACACUAAAAACCUUCUCUGACGGGGCACUUGUAGCAGGGACAGAAAGGUAUUUUUUGCCAGAUUACUGAGCCUUGGGAAGUUUGGUUCGUGGCGCUUCCACCACUCAAGUGGAUCAGUGUCUGGGUCUGCCUCAGGGGCCAGCAGGUAGGUUGCCAGCUCAGUCUCUAUUUCCCUCCCUCUGACUGGUGGGGAGAUGGCACCGGCAUACUCUUCUUGAAGAAGGAAGCUAAAGUCAUUUUCUUAUUGGGUGGAGGCUGGGCUUCUUGGCGCACCUGCACAGCUGGACCAGGCUGCUGUGGUGUACUUUUUCAGCAGGCAGAGACAACAGCUCAGUGACUGCUCUUUUUUUUACUUGUUCCACCUUUCCUGGGUCAGUGUAGGUUGUUCGGAACCUGGGGUCCAUCAGUGAGGACAUGUCUAAGAGUUCAUCCGUCACAGGGUUGCUGUAUUUGUUCUCAAGGUACAGCAGAAUGUUUUUUUUAAUAGUUUUAGUGAGCUUGGUAUCUUCUUCCUCUGGCUGUAGGAGACUGGUUUUGAACAAAUGGAGCACCAGUUUAAUGUGGGAAACGCUAACAUAACCCUCCCCGGACAGGGCGUCAGUGAAGUCUUGGAGUGGUUUGACAGCUUUAUUUAUUGAUUCUAAAACCUCAAUGUCUUGCCAUGUGGGCACGAGAUGCCGACUUUUCUUGUCUGCGCCCAGGACACGGGCUAUGGCCUUCUCCUGUUCCAGAAAUCUCUCUAUCAUUUUUUGUCGUGAACCCCAUCUGGUAGGGGACUCCAUUAUUAGCUGAUGAGGGGGUAGACCAAGCUCAGCCUGUACUUCACCCAUCUCUCUUCUUUUUUUCCAGCUAUAGGAAAAGGCAGCAACAGCCUUUUUACAAACCCCAAAGGCACGCUCGAUCCGUGGGUCCUUCACACCAUUCUCUGUAUAACAAAUAAAGAAAGAAAACACAAACGAAACAAUUUUUACUGUGGCAUGAAAUACUGUAAAAAUAGAAAUGAUUAUUAGUCUGUAUAGUUGUAUAUUGUGUGGUGUUUUCAUUGCUAGUUUGACUAAUUUAAGACAUUAAUUGUUUAAUUGAAAAGGAGGUAAUUUAAAGUCUGUAGCAGCAUUUGACCACUAGAAGGCAGUGUGUACCCAUGUAACGGGCCCAGAGGCAGUGCGAAGUGGACUGAACAUUUGUCAAAUAUGCAGUAGUACAGCUAGCUGCCUACUGCAUAUUGUGUUUAAUUAUUACACUGAUGUUUUCUGUUUAAUGAUGGCAGCCUCUGUAAUGUUUAACUUGUUGAUAUACAGGUUAGGUGACUGAUAAUGUAAUACCUCAUUACAUCAUUGGGAAUUUAUUACAUUUUCGUGUCAACCAUUUUUUCCACAUCACUUGAAUGCAUCAUUGCCCAUUAGACUCUUACCUAUAGCGUUGUGCAGUCUAUGUCCAAAGCAUUGGAGGCUGGGCCACUCAUUGUCUUUGAGAGCUUUAAUUAUGUUGGUGCCACUGUCUGUCGUCAUACAGAUGAGUCGCUCUUCAGGAAGUUUCCAGGAGCUCAGAGCAUCCUUUAGCCCCUGGGCAAUUAUUUCACCUUUGUGGUCAUCGGGGAAAUAAGCCGUUUGGAGGCAGACACUUCGCAGAUCCCAGUUGUUGUUGAUAAAAUGCACAGUCAAGCUCAUGUAGGGCUGCAUUGUUCAGCUGGACCAUAGGUCUGUUGUGGUGGAGUAAAACGACACCUCCUCCAGCUCUCUAGCGAUCCUUUCCCGUGUGCAGUUGUACAGGUGAGGCAGGGCAACUCCGGCAAAAAUACUUGUGGCUUGGUAGCACAUACCUUGGGUCGAAAGUUUUUAGCAUAUGGAUAAACCCCGGCUUUUCCACUGUGUAAAUGUGAACCAUGUCCUUAGCAAUAUGCAACGCGACUGCAUCAGUAAUGGCUUUCCACCGGGUCCCGUUCUUAUCAUAUGGUAUACAUUGUCAAAAUGAAUCCACUAAUUUAGUCUGUUUUUUAGCGGGUGUUUGUGGGCUGCCGCUGCUGUCUUGCGCAGCUCGCAGAGAGCAACAUUCCUCCCACUCAGCUGCGUGCCGCUGCUUGAGGUGCUGGAAUAAAUUUGUCGUACUGCUACCUUUGGUUGCAACAGCUUUCAGACAGAUUUUGCAGCGGGUCGUGGUUUGUUCGAUGUCGGACACAUUAAAACCAAACCAGUUCCAAAUAACCGACGACACCAGGCCUUUUUUGGGGACGAGCUCUUCUCCGCUUGCUGCCAUGUUGUGUACUGUGUAGCUGUGGAGAGGCGGGGGGAGGGGUCAGCGCACUCUGACCUACAGGAGCCCAAGGGGAGUGCCGGCGGUGUAAGUUAAAGAAAAAAGCGGAAAAAAGCCAAUUUUCAUUAAUAAUAAAUCGUCUUUAACUACAAAUUUGAAUUAAUCGAUAAAAUCGAUUUAUCGCCCAGCCCUAGGGGAAAUGAUGGUGUGAAACAGCAGAGGCACUUUGUCAACCCGCUGAGUUAACGUUACUGUCAUUAGCAUCAAGCUAGCAAACAAUGGUACAUCCUCAUAAUAGAGAUGGACAUAAAGUAAGAAAAUGAAAUAACAGCGGCUUUUACUCACCACAACUGCAGAGGCUCCCAGCUUCAUUUGAAACAGACUACAUUAUAGACGGUCCGUUAUCUUAAUAUUUUUACUUUGUAUCCGCUACCAUUGCCUUGAUAACGUGAAUGCAUGGCGCCGUCAUUUCAAACUCAACACUUCCUGUAUCUGUUUCAAAUUAAAAGCCCCUUAUAAUCUCGGCUGAGAGAAUCCCUCAAUUUUUUAAAAAAUCUUUUAUUGUGAAACAUCUGCAGGAACUUGUUGUGCAGGAUUCACUGACAUGUAUGUUUGCAUACGGUACUUCAAAUGUAGCUACUGCCAUCUGCUGGCGCUUUUACAUUACUACAGCAACAUUUCGGCUGGCACGUGAACAGACGCAGUGACUAAAAUGAUAGUAAUUAAAAAAACAGGACAAGAAUAACCUGAUGACAUCACACACGUAGUGAAAGACGUAGUGUGUCGUGUCUGUCGGCCAAGUCACAGCACGAUUUUAUGAGUCCACAAUCGCGUAAUGUGACAUAGUGACUAAUGCAACAGACAGAAAUGUCGUGUAGUGUGAACCAGGCAUAAGGGUCCCCAAAGCUUCAUGGGGCAUUGUGAGGGUGUAAGAACACUUUUUUUAAUUUAAAAUAAACAGUAGGCCUUCAUCUGAGCAUUUCAUUAAUUUUGGUUUAAAAAACUAAGUGAAGUUGAUUUUUUUAUAUUUAAGAUCAUUAGUCAAGAUUUAAUUUUAAAACAAACACCUCACAGGAUAAGAACACAGUAAAGACCCAACACAAGCACACAAAGCUGUCACUCUCUGCUAAACAGCCUUGUCCUGCAUCAGAAAAGUACUCAAUUAAACAACCUAAGAGCUAGUAGAGCAAGGACCACACAUCAGGGGAAAGAAAAUACUGAAUUAAAAAAAAUAAAUAAAAGUCUAUCAUCAGUAAUCUGCUUAAAAUGCAUCCAAAUCUCUCAUUUUACACAAAAGUCUUGCAGUUAUUGUGUCCACUGUAUACACAGUUAAUCAGUUGUCUGUACUGUUAUUGUUAUGCAUUGAAUAUGAUAUGAAAUAUCCAUAAAGUCGGAGGUCAUUAGUUUACUCAAUGAUAGGAAAGAGGUCUCUGAAAGAAAAAGGUUGGGAACCACUGCACUAGAGGGCGCUUUACAGCACACACACUCACACCUGAGAGUAUUCUUCAGUUGUCCUUGUACAGUCCUGGAUUUAUUGUCAAAAUCUUUUCACUUGUUUUCUGAGAAGAAUCACAACCACUGUUGCUCUUAAGACAACACUGCACUCCUGCCAAGUUUUGCUUGAAGAAAAUCCAAAAUUAUUUUUGUACAUGUAUGUUGUUGUGAGCGCUGAGAGCUGAAAGCUCUAGAAAGUAAAAAUUAAGCCAAGAUUUCUCCAGCCUGAACUGCCUCCAGACUCAAGCUCUGUACUUAACGUGCAGUCAUGAGAUUUCAUUGUAGUAUCAAUCUUCUCAUCUACAUAAUCAUAGCUCCCAAAUUAACCCAUUCCUUUACAUGUUUAGGGGUUUUAAAUGUAACUUCACUCCUUAAACAUCUGAGCUGUGUUGGCGUUGGGUCAGAGAGCAAUGGCCUCCUCACUGACUAAAGCAUGUGCUGUAUCUUUUGUCAAAAGUAUAUCUAUAUAUUCGUUUCUUCAUCAGGAGUUUAUGCAAAAUGAAAAAAAACCAAUGCCUUGAGUCAACAGUUAAGACAAUCAGUGUUUACUACCAGAACAUUCAGAGCAUAAAUCCACUGUUUGUUAUAAAUAAAGCAUUAUAUUAUUAUUA